UAAAACACAUAACAAAUAAAAUAACAAAUAUUGACACCUGACUGACAAUAAACACUAUAAACAGUCUACCUAAAGAAAUAUAAGUACAUUUGAACUCAAAAUAAUCUCACUUAUUUUCCACACAAACAAGAACUGGCUUAAAUUAAAAAUAUUAAGAUGUACAAAAACAAUAUAACUCAACAUAGACAUUCACUACACUCUCAGACUUAUUCAAAUAUUUACAGAAAAUAGGGGGGUGUCUGUUUACAUCAAAAUUUAAAAUGGGGCAUUUCCAACCCACCACACAUCCAUAUGUAUAAAUAUGGAAUUAGAUUUGGGCCAAAAUAAACACACAAAACUUCUUAUAUGUCAAACAAAAAUAGGAAUUUGAGAGAACAUAAACCUAAUUUCGAAAAAUACAACUUACAACCUGCAAUCAAAUAAUUUGACAAAUAGUGUCAAGUAUUGGUCUUUUACUCUUCUAAUAAUGCAUUAUUUUAUUUUGGCACAGAUCGAGUUCAAUAUCUAUAUUUAUAUCUAUAUCUAUAUAUUGUUUUAUAUAUCAUAUUGUUUUUUUAUGUUUGUGGAAUUUUAACUUUCAAGCUCUCCACAGAAUCAAAAUUGCUCUCCGCAGAAUUUUAACUUUUUCUUUGCAGAUUCCUGGGGGGAAUAAUAUUUAUUGGACAAGUGGGCCAGUUGGUGAUAUUGACAAAGAUGUUCCUCUAAGACCACGUUUCUCCAUUAUGAUGUUAGUUUUCAGAUGAGGACGAGGGAUAUAAUAUAAUUCUAUAAUAGUAUAACUCAGGGAACUUAAAUAUCAGCCUUUCAUGUUGUUUCCUUCAGUGUGGUUUCUUGUACUAAUUUCCUUCCUAUUUAUUCGUUGACAGAAUGAUGAUGAAUUACACCAACCAAACAGAGGACGUCCUCCUCUCCUGCUACAAUCCUUCAGUUGUCGGCUAUCACUACUUUGCUGUGCUGUGGGGAUGUGCUGUGACCAUCAUAGGUACGGUGGGGAACUUGAUGACCAUUCUAGCCUUCGCCAUAGAUCCUCAUCUAAGGACGCGUUUCAACGUGCUCAUCAUCAACCUGGCUCUAGCUGAUCUCCUGUACUGCACCAUACUGCAGCCCAUCUUAGUUGACUCCUAUCUACACCUCAGAUGGCGCACUGGUCAGCUGUGCUGCAGAAUCAUUGGCCUGCUCAUCUUCCUCUCCAACUCUGUCUCCAUUAUCACCCUCUGUCUGAUAGCAGGAGGCAGAUAUCUCAUGGUCGCAAAGAGAGCUGUGUUUGACCGUGUCUUCUCUGACCUUGGUCUUACUUUACUCAUCAUCUCAGCAUGGACACUAGGCCUGACCAGCCUUGGUCCACUAUGGCCUGGUUACUUGUUUGUGCCAAAGGUGUGCUUAUGUAGUAUCGACCGGAAGACUUACCAUCCCUACCCCACCAUCCUGCUCAUUAUAUGCUUUGUUGUUGGUCUGGGAUGUGUUGGUAUAUUCUACUUUCUCAUCUACAGACGUGUCCGGAUAGCAUCACAAGCCUUACUUCGCUAUAGGUUCAGCCGCCGAUCCUCCAGGAAGAAACCAGCUUCUUCAGCACAAGACACCAAUGACAGUGGAGUGGAGAGCAGUGUGGUCAACACAUGUAGCUGUGAGAUGAGCAGCCAGGCAGAACCAGACCCAACUAUAGAUGAGAUAAAGUCCUCUCUGUCUACUCACAGCUCUGCCACGGCUGAAUCAGCAACCAAAUCUACCCAUGAGAUCGUCUCUACACCACCUUCACCCACACCUGCUCCAACUAAUGCAGCCUCCUCCUCCCACUGCACAGCCUCAGAAGAUGAUAAGGAAAUGAAGCAUGUGACACACAUGUGUUUAGCUGUUUUCCUGGGUUUUGUGUUCUGCUUUGUCCCCUUCCUGCUGAUCAACAUAGCUGACAAACAUGACCGUGCCCCAUGGGUUCUGUACAUGUUCUGUAGAAACCUCACCUGGCUCAACAGCUGUAUCAACCCUGUGCUCUAUGCUGUCAUGAACAGACAGUUUCGACAGGCCUACCAUGUGCUGCUCACCAGGGCUGCAGCACCAUUCACCUGCCUGUGGACCUGGUGGUCGUCUCUUUGAACACCUGACCUCCACAAAUUGAAAGAGACAGCUCAACAAAAAAAACAACAUAUUUUUCCUUUUACCUAUAGUACAAGUCCUCAGUAGUCCUGUAGUGGGGAUUUUAUCACUGGGGGAACUCUCCCCCCCCCAAAAAAAAGCUACAU